CAGCAGCGCGCGGCCCGGCCCGGCCCCAGCAUGCGGGAAGGGUCGGCGCUGCCCGGCGGCCCCGGCGCCGCCGCGGUGCCCGGCUUCCUGGCUAAGCUCUGGGCGCUGGUGGAGGACCCGCACAGCGACGACGUCAUCUGCUGGAGCAGGAAUGGUGAGAACUUCUGUAUACUGGAUGAGCAGAGGUUCGCCAAGGAGCUGCUCCCAAAGUACUUCAAACACAACAAUAUCUCCAGCUUCAUACGACAGCUGAACAUGUAUGGUUUCAGGAAGGUGAUUGCUUUGGAGAAUGGUAUGAUCGCAGCAGAGAAAAGCUCAGUCAUUGAGUUCCAGCAUGCUUUCUUCAAGCAAGGGAAGGCACAUUUAUUGGAAAACAUCAAGCGCAAGGUAUCUGCGGUAAGAACUGAGGAUCUCAAGGUCUGUGCAGAGGAUUUACACAAAGUACUCUCUGAAGUCCAGGAAAUGAGAGAGCAGCAGAACAACAUGGAUGUCAGACUGGCUAACAUGAAGAGAGAAAAUAAGGCCCUGUGGAAAGAAGUGGCAGUUCUAAGGCAGAAGCACAGUCAACAACAGAAGCUGCUGUCUAAGAUUCUUCAAUUUAUACUAAGUUUGAUGCGAGGAAAUUAUAUUGUUGGCGUCAAAAGAAAAAGGUCUCUAACAGAUGCUGCAGGUGCUUCACCUUCCAAAUACAGCCGUCAGUAUGUUCGCAUACCUGUGGAGAGUGGCCAAGCAAUGGCUUUUUCUGAACAGAAUUCAGAUGAUGAGGAUGGAAAUGGUACAGGUCUCAUAAUUCGAGAUAUCACUGAUACCCUGGAAAAUGCCACCAAUGGUCUCCUUGCUGUGGCGCACACAAGUGGCAGAGCCAGAGAGACACAGACAGCUCUGGAUCCUGGCUUACCUAUUUGUCAAGUCUCACAGCCAAAUGAGUUAAAUUGUGUAGAACCUAUCCCUCCAGUUCAUAUAAAUGAUGUCAGCAAAUCCAGCGAAAUAGGAAAUGUUGCUGUGGAACUCCAUGCUGCACAAGCUAAUGCUCCAGAAGACCCUGCAUCAGUGAUUGACUCCAUCUUGAAUGAGAAUAACUCUGGAAACCAAAAUGAUCCUUUACUGGACAGAGAGGAAAUUCAGGAUUUUCUUAAUUGCAUUGAUGCCAGCCUUGAAGAGCUUCAAGCAAUGUUAUCUGGGAAGCAGUAUAAUUUUGGUUCUGAAGCUUUCGGCGAUACAUUUAAUCCUGAGCUGCCAGCUCUGGAUAUGAACUUGAUGGAAACUCCCCCUGGUAUGGAAAAUAUCGCAAACUUGGCGGACAGCACUGAAGAUCUAGGACCAAGUGAGAGAGAAACAGCAGGAAGCAAAGAUAUGCAGCUGAUACAGUACAGGGCCAAUCCUCUGCUUUCAUUGUUUGAAGAACUACCUUCCAGUGAAGCCACAGGGAAGACAGAGGAUCCAAAAGACCUCCUCCUGGCCCCGCUGGAGGAAAAACCUGCUCUCCAACCUCCUUCAGGUAGUGAAACUGUCUUGCCGUUAGCAGCUCCAGAAAUCCAGGCUGAGCCCCCAGAUGCUCUAGGAGUGGGUGAUCCACCUCUCCUCUCAGAAGACGGGAAUGGAGAGUAUAAACUGUUUCCGCUCUUGCUCCUCAGUCCUGUUGCUAACUUCAUAGAAGAGGCCUCUGAGAUAGAAACUUCUUGAGCUCAUGCAACAUCUAUAACUGGCAUAGUGGUGUGAAAUAGACAGCAAGGAUAAAUGGAUCAGCAUGAAAUUUGAUCUCCUCUCUCCUGCUUACUGGGUGUCAUAUUCUAUAUAGACAAAGUUCUCUUUCUACAAGCAAAGAGUGCAGGUGGAAAAGCUGAAAACAAGCUCAAAACAAGAGAUAAUGGGAAUGAAGGAACGGGGAGGAGGGAAGGGCAACUUUUCUGUAAACAUACCGCAAUGUAUUCCAUAACUGUUUUUAUCUGAUUUCCUUAUUGCAAAAGGAAAUCUGUUUGUAUCCUGUUCGUAAAAUUUGGCUGGUUUUUUAUUAGCUGUGUAGUAAUGUCGUGUGUAAUGUUUUAAACCUGAGUUUUACUCUUUCUGAGAUGUUUCAAGAGGUGGCUUGUCUAUUGUUUGGAAUUAAGUUUUUUUUUUUUUAAUUAGAGGUUUCUUUUUUAAUAGUUUGUGGCUACAGUUGUUUGCACCUGCUUAGAUUACUUUCCUACUCCUAGAUUUGCUCCUAGGUACAGGGAACAUUUUUUUCCUAUGGAAAAUUAUAUUUUAACUCUGGAAUAUUACUUUUUAACAUGCUAACACGCAUCCAUUGCCAUGGAGUGUUGGUGUUGCAGUAGGAAGUGCUUGCCACUGUGCAUAACGCUGAUUUCUCAUGCACAUUGCAUGGCAGCUCUUCCAGAGUAACUUGCACAUAUGCCAUUUGUUCUUGAAAAUUGUGAGUGGAACUGAUUCAUGAGGUGUCUAGUGAAGUCCAGCAGCUAUCCUUAAAAUGUCCUUAAAAAAAAUCCUUAAAACAAAAAAGUUAUGGGGUAACUUGUGCUGACAUAGGACAUUCAUUUUCUCUUCUGCUUGCAGUAUGUACUUGUUUAUCUGACCUUACAUGAACAGUAGACUGUCCUACAUUUUCUGCUCAUGGGAUUUUAAGGUUAAAUUGACUAAAAUCAUUUGACUCCAUUGACAAUGAAUGACAAAAACUGGUGUCUGUCUAAUUAAACUUUUCCCAGAAUUCUAUCCUACACUGGUUUCCAAACUUCUUUCAACAGCUGUAAUGUAGACAUCAGCCUUUAUCCACUGUUGUCAGUGGGACAGCAAGUGCUCUUCCACUGAUACUAAAUCUCUAACAGUCUAUUGAAAGCCCACACAAACCUGAAAUUUGCCAUAGUCAUACAAAAGUGUUGGGGCUUGAAAAGGCCUGGAGACAGGUAGAAAAACAGCUGUAUAAUGCCAUAUGGUAUUUUCUACUGCUGCAAUUACUUGGAAAAAAAUCAGUUUUAGGAAAUCAGUCUACUUACAGGCUUAAAUCAGUAUAGUUACAGGCAUUAUUCUCUGAAAUUUCUGAACUAAUAGUUCUUUUAUGCUCAAUAAACCAAGUUAUUUUGAUAUACUGAAGCCUACAAGAUAAUGCAUGUUAUCUAUGCUGGCCUGGCUAGAUUGGGUUUGUGCUUCAUUUUUAAAUCUUUUGAGUUGACAAGGGAGGAUCUUGCUACUGAAUGUGUGUGUAUAUACCUGUAACACCUUCACAGUGUUUUAUUCCAUUGUUUAUAACUUCCUUGCCUGUGACCCUUCAUGUUUAUAUCUUACAAAUUGCUUUUUGUCAAGUAUGUCUUAUUCUAGCAUGUCUAAGUCUCUUUUGCUUACUUUUCUUUCUUGAAACAAAGGGCUGAAUGGUCUUAAGUUUUCCUGAGCUGAGGGAAAAAUGAAUUGGGUUCUGGUUGAGUUUAUUUCUUCCUAAAGGCCUCAGUUUUGCCAAGAGUGAAACAGUAACAAAAUUAGACUUUUUUUUUCUGCAGUGUUUUGACAGCAUAGUGCAGAAAACAAAGCUCUUUGAGGGGCAGAUCUUCUGUAACCUCCAUUUCCUGAAUAGGUUAAACUGAAGAAUAGUUUGUGUAAUGGAUUAAUGUCAUUCUUCCAUGAUGGAAUCUGAUCUCACUGCAUCUUGCCAUCAGAUGUUUGACUGAAUUGCAUAAUAUUUUUUAACACACUUCGUCUCUUAAGAAGUUAAGAAACCAAGGCUUAAGAAAACUUCUGUGAAUCUGAGUCUGGUUUAUGUACUGGUCUAGGAAAAGUAUGUACGUGCAAGUUUGUUAACAACAAUUGCAGUGCAAAGGGGAAGGUUGAAUAGCAAGGAAAAAAAACACCAUGCACUGAACUAAUUAAACUAUUGAAUUGCAAAACUG